CUUUGUUAGAUAGUCCCAAUGGUUCCACUGAGUCCCCCUGAACACUCCCUGCUGCAGAGUGGAGGGCGAUGGAUGUUGUAACUCAGCAUCCCUUAACACACCACUGUGGUCCUCGGUGCUCAUAAUGCUAUUGGCUUAGGUCUGGUUUCCACUGCUCAGUGUUUGCGUGGGCACUUGUGCAGCAGCCAGCCCCAAAGGGAGUUGGACCUCGCAAAAGAACGUCAGAGCGCCGCCAGACCUCACAAGCACUUUGCAAGGGCCAUCUGGAGACAUCGAUUUAGGGACCCGACGGCCUGAAAUCUCCAGGUACAGUUUUGAAGAACUGGCAAGCAGGAAAGGAGUGUAUCCAGGACCCCCAGAGCUGCAAGAGACAGCGCUCCAGCAAGCAGCCGCCGGGCGAUGCGCCAGACGGCCUCAGUAGGAGCCGCGCUCGCCACAGCUGCUGCGCGCUGCCGGGAGGCGCCGGGCGCCGGUGAGCUGUGAGCUUGGAGCCUUGAGCCUAGGGAGGGCGCAGGCAGCAAGGGCGCAAGGUGAGCGUCCCAACCCGCGGCCGCACCGGCCCACUUCAGCUGGGAUGUUCCCCAAUGGCACCGCCUCCUCUCCCACCUCUUCUCCAAGCCCCAGCCCAGGCGGCUGCGGGGAAGGAGCCUGCAGCAGGGGUCCCGGGUCCGGCGCUGCGGACGGCAUGGAAGAACCUGGACGAAACGCUUCCCAGAACGGGACUUUAAGCGAGGGUCAGGGUAGCGCCAUUCUCAUCUCUUUCAUCUACUCCGUGGUAUGCUUGGUGGGACUGUGUGGGAACUCCAUGGUCAUUUACGUGAUCCUGCGCUACGCCAAGAUGAAGACCGCAACCAACAUCUACAUUCUGAACCUGGCCAUUGCUGAUGAGCUGCUCAUGCUCAGCGUGCCCUUUCUGGUCACUUCCACGCUGUUGCGCCACUGGCCCUUCGGCGCGCUACUUUGCCGCCUGGUGCUCAGCGUGGAUGCGGUCAACAUGUUCACCAGCAUCUACUGUCUGACUGUGCUUAGUGUGGACCGCUAUGUGGCUGUGGUGCACCCGAUCAAGGCAGCGCGCUACCGUCGGCCCACUGUGGCCAAAGUAGUGAACCUGGGCGUGUGGGUGCUGUCGCUACUGGUUAUCUUGCCCAUCGUGGUCUUCUCACGCACCGCAGCCAACAGCGAUGGCACGGUGGCCUGCAACAUGCUCAUGCCCGAGCCCGCCCAGCGCUGGUUGGUGGGCUUCGUCUUAUACACAUUUCUCAUGGGUUUCCUGCUGCCUGUCGGGGCCAUCUGCCUGUGUUACGUGCUCAUCAUUGCCAAGAUGCGCAUGGUGGCCCUCAAGGCCGGCUGGCAGCAGCGCAAGCGCUCAGAGCGCAAGAUCACUCUAAUGGUGAUGAUGGUGGUGAUGGUUUUUGUCAUCUGCUGGAUGCCUUUCUACGUGGUACAGCUGGUCAACGUGUUCGCCGAGCAAGACGACGCCACGGUGAGCCAGUUGUCUGUCAUCCUCGGCUAUGCCAAUAGCUGUGCCAACCCCAUCCUCUACGGCUUCCUGUCGGACAACUUCAAGCGCUCUUUCCAGCGCAUCCUGUGCCUCAGCUGGAUGGAUAACGCUGCGGAGGAGCCUGUUGACUACUACGCCACUGCCCUGAAGAGUCGUGCCUACAGUGUGGAGGACUUCCAGCCCGAGAAUCUGGAGUCUGGAGGCGUUUUCCGUAAUGGCACCUGCGCUUCCAGGAUCAGCACGCUUUGAGGCCGGGCUCUAACAGGAGGGGGAGAGUGGUCAGAAAGGUGGAGAGGGGAAGCAGGUGGGAGGGAAUGACAGCCGCACACCAGGUGCUAUGGGAGUAGUGCGUGACAGCGAUGCAGCGCCCCUGUUUAGCAAAGCUAUGUGACUAAGGUAAACGGGGAGAGAUUUGAGAAUGUUUUCGGGCCAUCUGGUAUUCUGAACUGUAUUCUCCAAACCCGUUAAUUUCCAUCCUCCCUCCCAGUUCUGCUAGUACAAACUGCAAACUUAACGUCGCCAACUCAGUUUGACCCUUACCCUCUCAAGCUGUUAUUUCUGCUUCUUUAAACUGAGCCAUCGUGUGUUUCUUUUGGGCUGAGUCCCCACCUUGCGCUGAACCCCCUGCGCAGGUCAGCGGGCCAGACUCUUCAGAGCGGCUACCAGACUGUCCCCAGUUACUGCUCCCCUUUCGCACAGCCUUACUGUCAAGUAAGCCCAGUUCCAGGAUGACCAGGCAACUGGUCUUUUCUACUCUAAAGAAGGCACCAUCUUCCCUUGGGCCCUUUCUCUGCUCCACUGCAUCCAGAGCAGAGCUGGGUGCUUAAGAAAAGGUCCUGUGCCCAGAUGGCCAGACUUGGUGUAGUCCCACCCAUUCCUUUGGAGCACAAAAAGGAGCUAAGAGCAAGCAGAAGGGCAAGUUUCUAAGAUUCCUGGGUUGUGGUUGUCGGUGUCAGAGAAGCCACCCUCCCAUAGAGCUCAGGACCUGAGCACUAGGCUUGGAGGUCCCAGCUAGGGGAGCUCCGGGCUGGUGAAUAACUUAUGCACCCUGGUGUGUGAACCUGAAUUGCACAGCAGUUCCCCUUGGAGGUCUCCCUAGAAUAACAAAAGAUUGGGUUGCCUGCUCCGAGAGUUCCUAGUCAAGCUCCUGUUCCAGUGACAAAGGGCAGAGCCCUUGCCAAAGCUGGAUGGCUAACUUCAGCUUGUCUGGUCCCUGACAUUUUCUGCCUUUCAAGCGGUGCCUAAUAAGUUAUUUCUUGUUUGACAUAUUUAUUUAUUUAUUUAUUUAUGGUGUUGAAAAAAAAAGUGUGUUUCCACUUGCUUUUUCUGUAUUUGCCUAACAGGGCUGUUCUUGAGAAUCCUCUGGCAGGCACGUGGUGGUGUGGAGGUGUGGAGGGGAGCAGGGGUGGAGAAAGUUCUCACCUCAAGACCCCCUCAGAAGUUUCCCUCUUUUGCACUCCAUUGGCCUUUUCUUGAUCCUUCUUGGUUUUGCUUGUGUCCAGUGAAGUUUGGAGAUUUUAAAAAUAUAUUUUUACUGUAGUUUUGUCUUGUUAAAAUAAGUACAUGGCAAUUUGGUUUAACUUUUGUCAGUGCGGAGUGGAAGGCCUGAAUCCCUGGCAUCCCAGAAAACACAGGGGAACAAAUCGCAUGGUCCUUGAUGUGUGUCUGUAUAUGUGCUGUCACCCACAAGUCACAUAUAUACGUGUAUAUAUAUAUCAUAUAUGUACACACACAUAUAAAGGUAGAUUUGUCAAUCUUGACAAACUGUCACUAGUCCAUGACAAUUAUAAGGACACCCACAAUGCGUGACCUGAGCUGUAGCACUCCAGCUGGGAGUCAGAGACUGGAGUCACUGCUGAAGCUGCUGCUGCCUUUUUCUAUCCCCUCAGAGGUGAUUCUUACCCAGCAAGUGUAGUCACUUCUGUUGAGGAAUGGAAGCGAAACGAUUGUGUCUGCAUUUACUGACUACCGUGGAAACCUGAACAGGGAAGGACCCAUCUCUUCACUUGUUGCAUUUGCUGUGUUCCUGUGUAUGCUGGUUUGUACCUAGGGGCCACUGAAAGGAUAUCUUGCUUGGUUGUUUAAGGAAGCCAGUGUAUAUCAGUGGUCUUGGAACAAUGAACCUGGGGUUCUCGGGUCCACAGUGACCUGACAUCUAACCUGCAAUGGUCGAAUGCACUGUCGAAAAUGAUGUUUUGUGUACAUUUGCUUCAAGAACACAUCCAUGCUUUUCUAAAAGCAGGAACCAAGAGUUAAACUGUCUCUUCUGUUUUGUUUAAAUAAAUGAACAAAUAUGCUUUUGAUCAUAAGUGAGAAAGUUUAGAUCUUUUCCUAAGAAGAGUAUAUAUAUAUAUAUAUAUAUAUAUAUAUACUUUUCUGAUAAUUAGAUUUUUUAACCGAUAAGAAGAGUGAACUUUAUAAACUGAAAUCUCCAUCAUUAUCAUCUCGACAAGAUAAAAAUGUAGUGCUCUUACCCUGUAAUAGUAACUGAAUAAAAAGAUGUAUUAUGCUGUUGCAA